AUGCAGACUUCUUCUACAAACAUUUAUGAAAGACUGUGCAAUAAGUCCAUCCAUGAAAUUUCCUUGCUACUAAAUAUUCCACGGUCAACUGUUAGUGGUAUUAUAACAAAGUUGAAGCAGCUGGGAACAACAGCAACUCAGCCACCACGUGGUAGACCACGUAAAAUGACUGAGCGAGGUCAGCACAUGCUGAAGCGCACAUUGCGCAGAAGUCGCCAGCUGUCUGCAGAGUCAAUAGCUAAAGACCUCCAAACUUUGUGUUGCCUUCAGAUUAGCACAGUGCAUAGAGAGCUUCAUGGAAUGGGUUUUCAUGGCCAAGCAGCUGCAUCCAAGCCAUAUAUCACCAAGUGCAAUGCAAAGCGUCAGAUGUAGUGGUGUAAAACAUGCCACCACUGACUCUAG